GCCAAUAGUUUGCGGUCUGGGUCUGGAUUAUUUCUACGGCUGCGUAGUGACAGCUCUCCGGGAACCGUCUCCCAGCUGUUCGGACCUGUUACCGGGGGCAGCGGCAGCAUGUUCCGUAGGAAACUGCAGGCCUUGGAUUACCACAACCCUAGCGGCUUUAACUGCAAAGAUGAAACAGAGUUUCGAAACUUCAUUGUCUGGUUAGAAGAUCAAAAAAUCAGACAUUACAAAAUUGAAGACAGAGGAAAUUUAAGAAAUAUACAUAGCAGUGAAUGGCCUGCCCAGUAUGAACAGUAUUUGAAGGACGUCAGUUGUCCUUUCAAAGCAGAGGAACGCCAGGAAUCGAUCGACUGGCUUUUGGGUCUGGCCGUGCGUCUGGAGUACGGAGACAAUGCUGCUAAGUAUCAGAAUGCAAAGCCACUCAACACAGACAUUUCAAAGGCGUCUGAACCACUAAUAAAUUUGGAUGUGACCAAUCCAGACUUUAAGGCUGGGGUAAUGGCUUUGGCAAAUAUUCUGCAGAUACAGAGACAUGAUGACUACCUUGUGAUGCUAAGAGCUAUUCGGAUCUUGGUGCAGGAACGUUUGUCUUCGGAAGCUAUAGCCAGAUCCAACAGCUCUAAAGAGGGUCUGCCUGUGGCACUCGAUAAACAUAUCCUUGGCUUUGACACAGGAGAUGCCGUUUUAAAUGAUGCAGCCAGGAUACUGAGAUUACUGCACAUCGAAGAGCUACGGGCAUUGCAGACAAAGAUUAAUGAAGCCAUCGUAGCUGUGCAGGCAAUAAUUGCUGAUCCAAAAACCGACCACAGACUGGGAAAAGUUGGUAGAUGAAAGCCCCCAACUGCUUCGAAUCUGGUAAUGUGAGACAACCUCUGUCGCCUCAGCUGCGGCUGGCUACACAUCUCAGUGUCCACAUGCCAGCCGGCGGCUCUGCUUUGAGCGAGAAGUUGUCAAAACAAUCACUGGGUGAAUAGACCUAUUUUUUUUUUUUUCUUACGUAGUUUGCGUAUUGUAAAAUAAAACUACUUAACCUGA